CAAGCCUCAAUAGCUUUUGAAUCAACAAUUAUGGGAAUUAGUUCCACAAAUCCUCUUCUUGUGUCCCUUAACUUGAAGGGUACAAGUGUUGAUGGAAACAACAAGGAGAUUACAUGCAAGGCUUUGGAAGCACAAGCAAGGAGAAGGUGGCAAGUGAGGAUCAUGACCAGAAAGAUGAGGCCUAGGACUAGGAGAAGCAUCUUGAUGAAGAGAAGGGCAUGUCCAGACGGAGCGAGAUGGCCCAGGCGGAACGGUGUCGAAAAAAGGGUCAGAACCUUGAAGAAGCUAAUACCAAAUAGUAGUGAUCAAUCCAAUGGUUUGGAUGGGCUAUUCAGAGAGACAGCUGAUUACAUAUUGUCUCUCCAAAUGAGAGUGAAAGUCAUGCAGAUUUUGGUCAAGGCAUUGAGCACUACAGGUUCUGAUGAUCAGUGAUCGACUCAUGGUCAUCUAGCUCUUCUCUCUUAUUGUGUAAAUUGAGAUUGAUGAUAUAAUUCUUUCCAUUUGUGAUUCAUAAUUUCUAUUUUUUAUUUUUAUUUAUUUAUUGUGAUGAUGAUGAUUCUUCAUACCAAGAUCGAUCGAUCGAUCAUAUGAAGGACCGUAGGAGAUUGUUUUUAUUACCACUCCAGAUGUGCUCAUGAUGAUAUGUCUAGCUAGGCUUAACAAC